AUGAAAAUAUCAGAACCGAUUUUGGCACAGGUGUUCUAAAAUGCACGCCCGGUCAUGAUUCAACCGAUUACGAACUGGGAAAAAAAUAUCAAUUACCAGUAAUUAGACAAGAAAUUGGCAGUAUCCGCGAAGAGUUUGUCAAAGAGUUAGAAAAAAAAGGCAUUUGCAUAAAAAUUGAAGAAUAUGAAACUAAUCUCGCUUGUUCUACUAAAUCAGGAAGGAGUGAAAAAACAAAACGAGGGAAUGGUGUAUUUCUCGACAAUUAUGAACCUGAAAAAGACGUCUUGGAUACUUGGUUUUCCAGCGGCUUAUGGCCGUUAAUCGCCCUUGCCAAAGAGGGAAAAAAAUUCCCCUCUCCUCCACCAAAUUGCUAUCCAAUAACCACCCUCAUAACCGUGCCUUUUAAACAGAUAUUAUUACAUGGCUUAAUUCGAGACAAACAUGGAAAAAAAAUGUCAAAAUCUUUGGGAAAUGGAGUUGAACCCGACGAACUUAUUGAAAAAUACGGCUGUGAUAGUUUAAGGCUUUUUUUGCUGGAAAAUAAUAUUUGGGGUUCUGAUCUAAUUUACGAAGAAAGUAAAAUUAUUGAAGCCAAAUCAGAAACCGAAGCCAAGCAAGAUGUAUUGAAAG